AUGGGGCUACCAGGGGAUGGAGGAGGGCAGGACACAGUGAGUACUUACAUGGCCCUUGCUGCAGAGCAUGUGAGGAUGUUCUGGCUUGUUAACAAGGAUAGAAAAGGAACACUUUUUGCCUCAUCUGCCCUCAACAAGAGGACCCAGCUGCCUUUUGGACCUCUGUCUGCUGGGGCAGGCACAGGGUUGCUGCAGGAAGUGGUUUAUCUAGUGAGUCAGGGAGCUGAUCCAGAUGAGAUUGGACUAAUGAAUAUAGAUGAACAACUUCCAGUCCUAGAGUACCCUCAGCCUGGUCUGGACAUCAUCAAGGAGCUGACAUCUCCUCGCCUCAUAAAAAGCCACCUGCCAUACAGGUUCUUGCCUUCAGACCUCCACAACGGCAACUCAAAGGUCAUAUACAUGGCUCGCAACCCCAAAGACCUGGUGGUGUCUUAUUACCAGUUCCACCGCUCCCUAAGGACCAUGAGCUACAGGGGGACGUUCCAGGAGUUCUGCAGGAGGUUUAUGAAUGACAAGUUAGGAUAUGGGUCGUGGUUUGAACACGUGCAAGAGUUUUGGGAACAUCACAUGGAUGCCAAUGUACUUUUUCUCAAGUAUGAAGAUAUGCACAAGGACCUUGCAACGAUGGUUGAGCAGCUGGUGAGGUUCUUAGGAGUUUCUUAUGACAAAGCCCAGCUGGAAUCCAUGGUGGAACACUGCCACCAGCUCAUUGACCAGUGCUGUAACGCAGAAGCUCUUCCUGUGGGCAGGGGACGAGUUGGGCUAUGGAAAGACAUCUUCACCGUUUCAAUGAAUGAGAAAUUUGAUUUAGUUUAUAAACAGAAGAUGGGAAAAUGUGACCUCACAUUCGAUUUUUAUUUAUAAAAAAUGCAUGCCUAUGAUAUCCAGAUAUAGCUAGAAGUGCUUUAUGCAUUCGUUUAUUACCUGCUGGACAAACUACUGUAGCUAUUAUGUGUAAUAAAAUUUAAAGAAAGGAAAAACCAAUCCAAGUAAACCAUAUCAGAUACAAUUUAUCUUUGAUCCUAAGCAGCUGUUUAUCUUCUGGUAUUUAAAUCCUGCGUCCACAUGCAAGAACUUCCCAGGCAAUACUAGAACAUUCAGCUGUUAUGGAAUGUAUUAUAUACGUAUAAGGUAUGUACCAUAUAUGCAACUAGAAUGUACACCUUUUCAGCCCCACAUUGAUUAUUUAAUGUGUUUUAUAAAAGCUUGUCACUAGAACCUAAAUAAAUGUCCAUAGACCAAAUAAUAAAAAAAAAAAUUAAUGAUUUCUGAGGGAAACAAGUAACAGGCCAAAAUAUUCUGUUAGAACGAUCUCAGGGGUUAAUCGUCACAUUUAUUUUUAUAGCAGGUAUAGCAAGUAUAAAUAAAUCCCAUCCCAAAACAGGAACUGAUCCAAGUGGGGUUCACAUUAGGUUCUGCACACCCUUAUCUGUGUGAUCUGAGUAGGUUUUCUGUGCACUGGCAUAUUCUGCAGGACAGGGCUUGUUGUGAUGUGCGGCUGUGCCUGUCAGCCUGAUCCCAGAACCCACCCCUGCUUUCAGGGAUGGCAGCUCACAGCUGAGCAGUUCAGCUCCACGGGGAGGGGCAGCAAACAGAAGAUCCUUAAGCCCUCAAGUCCAGUUCAGUCCCACAAAACUGGGCUUAAAGUCAAGGCAUCUGGGGCAGGGGCUUUCUGGAAGGAUCAGUCUCUGACCCGUAUCGCUUUCCUGUGUAGAUCUGGAUUUCUCCCAUUAGGAGCAGGGAAUUUCUGCUGCUGGAAGAGAGAAGCUGAGGUGCUGGGUAGCCUCUGGUUCCACUAAAAGGUGAGGGCACUUAGCUGUGUUUAUGGCUGGUGCUCCUGGACUCCAGCAGCCCUAAGGGGAAGGUGAGUCUCCGUGCCAGUGUAAAGCAGGCAGAGGGAACCGCAGCAUCCGAGGAAGAGAGUUGGUGGAUGUGCCAGCAGGUGGGAGUAUUGCACAAAUAUCCGUGCAGAACACAGUUCCAGGAAUUGUUAGCCAUGACUGGUCUGGAUUAUAAUCAGGAUUCAAGUUUCUUUCUGUAUCUUUUCUUUUCGAUCUCCACGACAGGUACUCAAACGGCCUGAAGCAGGCUACUAUCACUAUAGAAUCUCCCAAAUUAUUUUCUUUGUUCCAUUAUGUAAUGACAUCCAUGCUUUUUAGGUUCUCAGCUGCAGGAGGCCCGUUUUUGCUAGUCAAAUGUUCAGGCUCACCAAAAAACCGUGAGGAAAGGACUAGCUUUUAGUGUUUCAGUUCUGUUGGGAAACUGUCAGUUCAGCAACUGGCAAGUGGUGUAGCAUGAUGUGGCUUGACAGCACUUUUCCUUGUAUAUUUGUGAGUGAAAAUGCUUUCAGUGAAAUUUUAUUUCUAUUUUUAUAUUUUUAGUACUGUAUGAAUAUUAAGCACUACACAUUAUACUUCUGUGCUUGCUUGCUUACUGAAUAAAAGAUGUGUUCCAUGC